GCGUGCGAGACCUGUAACCGGCGCGAAUGAUCCCCCGCGGGCGGCCGGGAGCUGCGGGCUGGGACGGAUCCAUGAACAACAGGUGAGCCCUCUGCUGAGGGAAGGAACACUCUGUGCUCCCAGGUCAGGGAAACAUGUCCCGUCGGAAACAGACCACUCCUAACAAAGUUCACUGGGAGCAAGUCUUUGCAGGGCUGGAGGAGCAAGCCCGCCAAGCCAUAAUGAAAAACAACUUUCCUGGAGCUCUUGGGGACCAAAGGCCAGCAAUUCAUCCACUGCAAGACCCCGACUCCAGCAGCAGUGGCAGUGAUGAUGAGGAAACCACCCAGGAUGAAGUUUCUUCCCAUACAUCUGAGGAGGAUGGCUCAAUGGUGAAAGUGAAGAACGAGUUAGAGAAUGCUGAACAACCUGUGGCUGGAGCCCCACUGAUGAGAGGAAAUGAGGUGCCUGAGAGUUUGAAUGCUGACCCUAUGCUGGGACUGUCACAGUGCCCCCUCUGCCAGCUGGAGUGUGGAAGCAGAGAGCAGCUCAUCACUCACGUAUACCAGCACACUGCAGCUGUGGUGAGCGCUAAGAGCUACAUGUGUCCUGUAUGUGGCAGAGCCCUCAGCUCACCAGGAUCCCUUGGGCGACAUCUCCUGAUCCACUCAGAGGACCAGCUGUCCAACUGUGCAGUGUGUGGAGCAUGCUUCACCAGCCACGCCACAUUCAACAGUGCGAAGCUGCCGGAGGUGCUCGGCGCAGAUCGGCUGCCGGCACCACAGAGCCGGGGCCCCUCCAGUGCUGAGGGGAAAGACAUUGCCUUUCACCCCCCUGUGUACCCUGCAGCCAUUCUCUUGGUGUGCAACAACUGUGUGGCUUACCGCAAGCUGCUGGAGGCACAGGUGCCCGGCACGCGGAAGUGGGCACUCCGGCGGCAGAACGAGCCCCUGGAAGUGCGGCUGCAGCGGCUGGAGCGGGAGCGCACGGCCAAGAAGAGCCGGCGGGACAAUGAGACACCUGAAGAACGGGAAGUGAGACGUAUGCGGGAUCGGGAAGCCAAGCGCUUGCAGCGCAUGCAGGAGACGGAUGAGCAGCGGGCGCGGCGGCUGCAGAGAGACCGGGAAGCUAUGAGACUGAAACGCGCCAAUGAGACCCCAGAGAAACGACAGGCCCGGCUCAUCCGGGAGCGCGAGGCCAAGAAGCUCAAACGACGUCUGGAGAAAAUGGACAUGAUGCUCCAGGCACAGUUUGGCCAAGAUCCCUCUGCCAUGGCUGCUUUGGCAGCCGAAAUGAACUUUUUCCGGCUACCAGUGAGCAGUGUGGAGCUGGAGAGCCAGCUGCUGGGCAAAAUGACCUUUGAGGAGCAGAGCAACAGCGCACUGCAUUAAGCUACAGCCAAGAACUGUGCCACCUCUGCUGCACCUGCCACACGUGCAUUGGCAGGCUUCUCCACUCAGGAGGCUGCUGCAUGUCCCUGUCUGACUCCCUGACAGACAGUUCUGGUUUUCUCCUGAACAUAGGAGGAGAACAGAGCUGAGAGGUCCCUGCCAAAGCAGCCCUGGUGGGAGCAGAUUCUGAGGAUACGUCUAUGCUCUAGGGGCCAAGUCACAGCAUGUGAACAGAAGGAAAAUAAAUUAAUGCUCAUGUUUA